UUCUGCGCUUGUCAUCAUGGCGACGCGGGGCCAUGUGCAGGACCCUAACGACCGGCGCCUCCGGCCCAUUUACGAUUAUCUUGAUAAUGGAAAUAAUAAAAUGGCAAUCCAGCAAGCUGAUAAACUGUUGAAGAAACACAAGGAUCUUCACUGUGCGAAGGUUCUCAAGGCCAUUGGUUUACAGAGAACCGGAAAACAGGAAGAAGCCUUCACCUUGGCUCAGGAGGUGGCUGCCCUUGAGCCCACAGAUGACAACUCCCUGCAGGCCCUGACAAUCCUCUACCGAGAGAUGCACCGGCCGGAGUUAGUCACAAAACUCUAUGAGGCGGCUGUGAAGAAAGUCCCCAACAGUGAGGAGUACCACUCUCACCUCUUCAUGGCCUAUGCCAGGGUGGGCGAGUACAAGAAGAUGCAGCAGGCUGGCAUGGCUCUGUAUAAGAUUGUCCCCAAAAACCCGUACUACUUUUGGUCCGUGAUGAGCUUAAUCAUGCAAUCUAUAUCUGCACGAGAUGAAAACCUCUCGAAAACCAUGUUUCUGCCGCUGGCAGAAAGGAUGGUAGAGAAAAUGGUGAAGGAAGACAAGAUUGAGGCUGAAGCUGAGGUUGAACUUUAUUAUAUGAUCCUGGAGCGCUUGGGAAAGUACCAGGAAGCCCUGGACGUCAUUAGAGGGAAAUUAGGAGAGAAGUUGACAAGUGAAAUCCAGAGUCGGGAGAACAAAUGCAUGGCCAUGUACAAGAAACUGAGCAAGUGGCCUGAGUGCAACGCCCUUUCCCGACGCCUCCUGCUGAAAAACUCAGAUGACUGGCAGUUCUAUCUGACUUAUUUCGAUUCUGUCUUUCGACUGAUUGAAGAAGCCUGGACGCCUCCUGCUGAAGGGGAACACUCCUUAGAAGGGGAAGUACACUGCUCUGCAGAAGAUGCCGUGAAGUUUAUAGAGGACAGGAUAACGGAGGCAUCGCAAAGCUCCCGACAUGUCCGAGGCCCACACCUAGCUAAGCUGGAGCUCAUCAGGCGCCUGCGGACCCAGGGCUGUAAUGAUGAGUACAAGCUGGGUGACCCAGAAGAGUUAAUGUUCCAGUAUUUCAAGAAGUUCGGGGAUAAGCCAUGCUGCUUCACAGACCUGAAGGUGUUUGUUGACCUCUUGCCUGCUGCACAGUGCACACAAUUCAUUAACCAGCUUCUUGGAGUUGUUCCAUUGUCAACGCCGACAGAGGAUAAGCUUGCCCUGCCUGCUGACAUCCGAGGCCUGCAGCAGCAUCUGUGUGUCGUGCAGCUGACGAGGCUCCUCGGCUUGUACCACAGCAUGGAUAAGAGUCAGAAGCUGGAUGUGGUCAGAGAACUGAUGUUACGGUACCAGCACGGACUGGAGUUUGGACGCUCUUGUUUGAAGACAGAGCUGCAGUUCUCGGACUAUUACUGCCUCCUCGCUGUUCAUGUGCUCAUUGAUAUAUGGAGAGAAGCAGGUGAGGAGACUGCUGUGUGGCAGGCCCUGACUCUGCUGGAAGAAGGCUUAACCCAUAGCCCAUCCAAUGCUCAGUUCAAAUUGCUGCUUGUUCGAAUCUACUGCGUGCUGGGUGCAUUUGAACCAGUGGUGGAUCUUUACUCCAGCCUUGAUGCUAAGCAUAUCCAGCACGACACCAUUGGCUAUCUUCUGACCCGAUAUGCUGCAUCCCUGGGUCAGUAUGCUGCUGCCUCCCAGUCCUGUAACUUCGCACUCAGGUUUUUCCACUCCAACCAGAAAGAUACCUCAGAAUACAUUAUUCAAGCUUACAAAUAUGGUGCAUUUGAGAAGAUCCCAGAGUUUAUCGCUUUUAGGAACAGGCUGAAUAAUUCUCUCCACUUUGCACAAGUGCGCACUGAACGGAUGCUGUUAGACCUUCUACUUGAAGCAAACAUAUCAACUAGCUUGGCAGAAAGUAUCAAAUCAAUGAAUCUGAGGCCAGAGGAGGAUGAUGUCCCCUGGGAAGACUUGCGUGACAACAGAGACUUGGAUGUUUUCUUCAGCUGGGAUCCAAAGGACAGGAAUGUUUCUGAAGAGCAUAAGAAACUCUCCUUGGAGGAGGAGACCAUGUGGUUAAGAAUUCGCUCCUUAACGUUGAGGCUGAUCAGUGGACUUCCAAGUCUAACCCACCCUGUGGAGCCAAAGAACUCAGAGAAGAUGUCAGAGAACGGUGUGUCCUCCCGGAUCGACAUCCUUCGUUUGCUCCUCCAACAGCUAGAAGUGGCCGUGGAGACGGGGAAGCGGUUUAUUGAGAAGGAAAUUCAGUACCCCUUCCUUGGGCCUGUCCCCACCAGGAUGGGCCGGUUCUUCAGUUCCGGCUGCUGUCAGUGCCAGGUCCACUCCUUUCAUCUUGUCAGCGAUGUGUAUGAGCUUGACACCAGUGGCUUAGAGGGUACAGUGGAUAUACAAGAACGAAUAGAAAAUAGUCUUACAUCUCUACUAGAAUUGUUGAAAGGUGUCUUCAGCACAUGUAAAGGGGACCUCUUAGAAGUUAAAGAUGGUAAUGUGAAGACACAGCCUGCAGUCCUAGAGAACCUGGUCUUCUUCGUUGAGACUAUCUCUAUCGUCCUUUGGGUAUCCAGUUACUGUGAGAGUGUCUUGCGACCAUACAAAUUAAAUAUUCAGAAAAAGAAAAAGAAGAAAAAAGAAACCAGCAUCAUUAUGCCUCCGGUCUUCACCAGUUUCCAGGACUACGUCACUGGACUGCAGACUGUGAUCUCCAAUGCUGUGGAUCAUGUUAAAGGACUUGAAGCACACCUAACUGCACUUAAACUUGAGGAGCUCACGUUAGAGGACACUUGUGUCUCUCCGGAAGAAAGAAAGUUCUCACGGACAGUGCAGGGGAAGGUACAGAGCAGUUACCUGCACUCGCUUCUGGAGACGGGGGAGCUGCUGAGAAAAAGACUCGAGACUACAAAGAAACUAAAAAUUUAAGGAAGUAUCAACCACAGGCACCGAAGACUCCACAGCAGAUGACAAUACACCACCUUCCCCAGCAAAAACAACAUCUGGCUGGCAUCGUUCUAAUCCAGAACUUCCUCACAAAUGCAUGAAGGACUUUGAUCGUGAAUUAAUUUUUGAGGUAUUAAAUAUAUACAACAGAUUAAAUUAUUGUAUAUAAACCAGAAGCAGGACCCUCAUCUGGGUUUACCACUCUUUAUACCUGUUCAUACACACAGGACAGCAACAAGAGCACCCCACUUCACUCCCAUCACCAGAAAUGUCUGGGGUGGGCGUUUCUAUCCAAGCUGCAAUAGAGACUAAGUAUAGCGUCGGCCUCAGAGCAGGCGGGUCGAUUUUCCAUCAUGCAGUGGGGGUUUGGCUUUGGUACUUGAGCCAUACAAGGCAAAAGCAAGUGUAUGAGCAGACUCGGUAGCAGGGCCCUUCCCUUAGUGGCAGGUUCCUUGUGAGGUUCCCACAGAACCAGGAUGGGUCCAGAGGAUCAGGUAAGGUAUGGCUGAGUGCAUGCCACUGCAGGGCACCACAUGUGACCACAGGUGCUCAGUUUUGGCUUCAUAGCCCCAACAGCCAAGACAUCCCCACCCCCGCUCCUGGGAGAGCUCAGCCUCAGGGCAGCGAGUAAGUCUGAGUUCAGCCCACUUUGAGGAAGAAGUCUAAGCUGCUGAGACUGCGCCCGCUGGUCCUCUAGGGAAGGUGAAGAGCUGUUGGGAGAGGCUGUACAUGAUUUGUGUUGUCAUUUCUGAGUCACAGUCUGCAGCCGAUUCAUGAGUCACACACAGAUACGCAGAUGCAUAAGGAUGCCUGGAAACAGAUUUACUACUUCCUUUAGUGCUUUUAUGGGGGAGGUUUGGGGACGGAAGGAACUGUAUAUUAUGGGUUAACCUGGGUUUUAAGUUUUAGGUUGACAGGAUAUGUUUUACAGUGGGCCUGAUGCUGGUGUACUUGAGAACUGCAUCAGGAUGUACGUACACUGUUCUCCUGAGGUUGGAGGUCUGGCCCCUAAGCCUCCAGCUUAUAAGAGGCUGGUCUGAGAGAAGAUGAAAACUGCUCUUGAUUAUGUUGUGCCGAGCUCCGACAGCUCCUUCCGUGACUGUUUUGUGUCUGAAUCUCCUUUCCUGCUUCUGUUCUUGUUCCCUGUCACCCGACUCCUGAGAGUCUGUAACUAUACGGUGAAAAAAUGAACUUGGUGAGGAUUAGUCUUUCCCAUGUACUGUUCCAGCGGAGAGGUGACAGACAGCAGCUAAAGGCCAGCUGGCAGAAUCUCAGUGGCUAUGUUUGCAUUUCAUCCUUUAUCUUGACAGUCUUAGAUUCACAAAUCAGCAUAGUGGUUAACAGUAAUUUAAACUUGUGAGGAAAUGUGUACAAAGUACUUUCUUGUAGGAUGUGCUGGAGCUUACACCACGUAAUUGCACCAGAGUAUCACAUGCUCCAUUCCCAAAGAAAGGGCCUUUUUGAAUAAGACGGAUUGAAGACCCUGAUUUUGACUUGCCUUCCAACAAUAACUUGUGGUCCUUUUAUAUAGUUGUGGCCUGGUUCCCAUGGGACUGGGUGGGCUUUGCCUGCACUGCCCUGGCUCCUGGAAUAAUGUUUCUUGGGAUAUUCAAAUUGUACUGUGUGUUCAUGGUCAUAGAUGCUCUAAAACAGCUGUCAGCUGACCGUCAUCAGUACGGACUCCGUGGGCUGGCUCCAGGCAGAGCUCCUUCCUCUAAUGGUCUUUGCAGUCAGUCUCCUGCCCCAACAUGUAGGACCUCCACUGGUCUUACUGACAAAUGUCAUGUUGGGGUUAUACUUCCUGUUACUUGCUGAUUUUCUUACUAAAUGUAGCAUUUCAAUCAGAUCUAAUUCUUACAUUUUGAGAUAACUGUAAAAAGAAUGAAAUUAUGAAAUGGCCAAUAUCUUUUAUCAGUCUAUUCUUUUGGAAGCUGUCAUGCACUAUACAUUGUGUACAGUUAAAGUAUAUAUAUAUAUAUAUAUAUUCUUACUGAGUGAACGCCUCCUCUCCCCAUUCCUGGUGUCAUUAGCAUCUAAGAAUGCUCAGAGGCCCACUGCUGCUGCUGUUCUGGUUUAUAUGGGUUUUGUUCUGUUUUGUUUUUGUGUGGUAAAUUGAUAUUUAAAAAACAGACAACAAAAAAACCACGACUACUGUUUACAGACUGAAAAAAAUCACUGCUUUUUAUACUACUGAGAUCCUAAGUCAAGACUUUGCAAAGCAGGAAUUGGGUUCAAGUUACUUUGCCGUGGACAGAGUCCUCUGUAGUGCCUCCUCAUAGUGGAGUGUGCUAACCUAGGUGUGCUGCCAUCAUUUUUGUAUAUUUUCAUAAUUUUAAUUGUUCAAAAUUGCAUUAUGUUUUGCAAUCACCACGUUCAACCUGUAUAUGUCUUUCAUUUCAACUUUUUCAAUACAAAAAGGGGUUCAAUUUAUCUGCAGGUUUGUUGAAACUCUUCCUACUUUUUUAUGUGAUUUAUUGGUGUGGGGAUCUCUUGAGAACUACGUGCAGGCAGCAGAUCAGCUCUAACUGGACAGGCUGACUUACAUAAAUGUUUUUAUUCUAA